CCUCUCUCUGAUCCUGGUCAGAUGUGUGGACUGGUCAACCCAGCUCAGCAGUUCUACUGGCAGAGCUCCCUGUGCUCCAAGACACAUGGCUACGUCUGUCAGAAAGACCCACCUACACCCCCCGUUCACCCAGAAGAGACAGGUUUCUGCUCCAGUCCGUGGAUUCCCUACGCUGCCAGGUGCUACCUCCUGCAGCGUACCAAGAAGACCUGGACAGAGGCUCAGACGGAAUGUCGGAAGGACGGAGGCGACCUGGCCAGCAUCUACAACAUUGAGGAGCACAGCUUUGUGAUGUCACAGCUGGGAUAUGCGGCCGCUGACGAGCUGUGGAUCGGGAUGAACGAUGUCAAGAUGCCACUACUGUUUGAGUGGAGCGACCAAUCCCCUGUCACCUUCACCAGGUGGGAGGAAGCCAUGCCAAUGGGGGGCAACUGUGUCCUGGUCAGGGGAGAGCAGGGCAGGUGGGCUACCCAGGUGUGUGACACCCAGCAUGGCUUCAUCUGUAUGAAGAAAUCUACCUCCAAACCCACAGGGGACCAGGUGGACACUAACCCAGGCUGCAAACCGCAUUGGACCAGGCACGGCUCCUACUGCUACUUUGUGGGACCAGAGAUCAAGACCUUUGAUGAGGCCAAAGAGACAUGCAAGAGCUCACAAUCAUAUCUGGCAGAUGUUUCUAGCAGGGUGGAUAAUGCUUUCCUGAUCAGCCUGGUUGAGUCCCAGCCAGAGCAAACACUUCUGACGGCACUCUCCAACCAGAAGCGCACAUCGACAUCGUCAGCAGGACGCAGUAGACAGGGUUGUGUGGCCAUGACAACAGGGACUCUAGCUGGAUUAUGGGAUGUACUGAGCUGCACCAAUCAGGAGAAGUAUAUCUGUAAACACCUGGCAGAAGGAGCGGGGCCAACACCAGAACCAAUCACACCUGUCCCUCCCAGGUGCUAUGAGGGCUGGAGUCCUCUGGGGUCUAGGAGCUACUGCUUCAAGUUCUUUACAGGGCAUCGCGCAGAUAAGAAGACCUGGUUUGAGGCUCGGGACUUCUGCAGGGGGAUUGGAGGAGACCUACUCAGCAUCCACAGUUCUACAGACCUCCAGUCUAUGCAUCAUGUCCGUGGUGGGACUUCCUGGAUCGGCCUGAGUGCUCAGGAUCCCAACGCUGGCUACGCCUGGACUGAUAGGUCGCCACUGUCCUUCCAACACUGGAUAGAGGGGGAACCCAACAACUCCAACGGCGUGGAGUCCUGUGCUGAGAUUAUGAACUCUCAUUGGGAUGAAGAGGGAUCCUGGAACGAUGUAAACUGUGAGGGCUACAACGACUGGCUGUGUGAGAUCCCUAAAGGAUUGACCCCACUACCUCCUCCCAACAACACCGUCCCUGAGUAUAAUGUGACAGAGGAUGGCUGGCUGGAGUAUGGAGGCUCUCAAUAUUACUUUAAUAGUGAACAGCUGCCCAUGGAGAACGCCAGACACUACUGUCAGCAGAGGCAUGGGGGCCUUGUUGUUAUCAACGGACUAACAGAAAAUACAUUUCUGUGGAAAAAGAUCAAUAAAGAGCAUUUGGGAAACCAUUACAUCGGGCUAACAGUUGAUCUUGAUCAGUCUUUCGGGUGGAUGGACGAUUCCCCAGUUGUAUUCCAGAGAUGGGACAACAACCAGCCGGACUUCAAGAACAACGAUGAGAACUGUGUUGCCAUGACCAGCUCCAUGGGUUUCUGGCACGACUAUAACUGUGGCACUGAAAUGAGGUCCAUCUGUGAGAGGAGUGGUUCCCCCCCAGUGAACAGCACUGUGCCCCCUACUGCCCCCCCCACAGGAGGCUGCCCCCCGGAAUGGACCCUCUACCAGUCUAAGUGCUACAAAUUGAUUGGAUACCGGGUACCUAGUACCUGGCUCGAGGCCAGAUCGUACUGCCAAUCCGUGGGAGCUAACCUGGCGUCCAUCACCAGUAGGCGUGAGCAAGCAAUAGAGAUAGAGGGCUCUGGAUGGAUUGAGGGAUUCCACCAUUUUAAAGUAGUCAACUGGAUGUUCCCAUCGCGAUGGUAUCACUAUGGUCAGAGAUUGUCGCAGAUAUUCCCAUCGCAAGAGCACUAUCGUCAGAUGUACAUGGAUAUGCUUUCCUCUCAGGCUAGUCGGUGUAUUGUGAUGGCCAGUUCCUCCUCCAUCUUGGGAAAAUGGGAAAUCAGGUCCUGCAACGACACACACGGCUUCAUCUGUCAGCGCAAAGUUGACUCAGGCAUCCCAGUCCCGGCGACAACAGUGUUACCUAGAGGCUGGGUGAAGCUGGCCAACGACUCCUACAAGGUGCUGCCCCAGAACAGGACAUGGUACGAAGCCCGGGUGCAGUGUGAGGCUGAGGAGGGCCAGCUGGCUAGCACCCUGGAUGAACUGUCAGCAGCCUACCUGGAGCUGCAGGCUCUGAAGCUGCAGACACCACUGUGGAUUGGACUCAAUAGGAAUGAGACGCAAGGCUACUUCAGGUGGAUGGACGGCUGGCCCUUGAGCCUGUCCCGGUGGGCACAAGACGAGCCCAGCAGAGACCGGUCCUGUGUCUACCUGGAUGUGGAAGGCACCUGGAAGACAGCCCUUUGUAACCACACCUACCCCAGUGUGUGUAAGCAAUCCCUAGCUGUCCCGCCCACGGCCCCACCCCAGACCCCGGGGAGUGAUAUCCAGAUCUGUACAAUUCUACUAGAAACACCACCAACAACUGCGCCUCAGAAGGCAGAUCAGAGGCGUGUGUAUUCAGGCCUGGCAGUGGUGGUGGUAUUGGCUGCCAUGUGUCUGAUGGGCCUCACAGCCUUAAUGCUCUACAAGAAGACCGGCCGUCCCCUGCCCUCCUUCACCAAACCCCUGGUCUUCAGCGCAGACCGGAGUGCCUUCGACAACCCCCUCUACACGGAGCCCGUCACCGAGGUCGACCCCAGCAUGGUGGACACUAGCCAACUGGUCAACCAUAUGGAGGCUCAGCCAAUGAUCACUUUGUGAUUGGAGAGAGUCAAGGGAGGAGUAAGGUUAAAGAUCCAACCCAGGUUUGGACAAGUCAUAUUUACGUGCACAAGCUUUGGAAAAUAAUAAACAAAUUCGUUGGACCAGCGCUGUUGCUAACUAGCUUCACUGAUGUUUCACAUUUUUCCCCAUUUAUGCAAAGACUUCUGGGAAAUUAGAAUCCUCUUGUCUCGACCUUCACAUUCUGUACCUAGGAAUCAGUGGAUGUGAGGUCUGAGGCCGGUUAGGCACUUUCUAUUGGACCAGCUGCAGUAACACUCUCGCAUUGGGGACAGUGUGUGUCAGAUCAUGCUGGAACAAGAAGCUGAGAAGCUGUCUAGGUGAUUUGUCUCCGUUUUUGUGAACUUUACAAUCCCACAAGAUCAGCCUUAAAAGGUUGAUCCAGGAUUUUGGCAAUGAUUGAUACAUUUUUUAUGUCUCUAUGUCCAGUAUGAAGGAAGUUAGAGGUAGUUUUGCGAGCCAAUGCUAACUAGAAUUAGCGCAAUGACAGUAAGUCUAUGGGUAUCUGCUAUCUAGAAGGAUUGGUCAUUGCGUUAAUGCAUGCUAGUAGAUACCUAUAGACUUCCAGUCUUUUAGUUUAGUUUAUUAAUUUGACCAUUUUAAAAAAACAA